AUGGAGACUCCCGCUGUCUUGUGGGUCAACUACGAUGCUGAAAACAUGAAGGCCCUGCCACACCGGCGACAGGUCUAUUCACAUAUCCAAAACAGCUAUCGCACCUGGAAGCGACAGGAGAAGACCAGGGCCCUGCGUGCUUCGGCCAAGAUCCCCGGGAGAUUGGACCAGCGGCCAUCGAGGCACUGCACUGGACUGCCUAAGAACACGGCCGUUGUCGAGCAGAGUCCAAACGGCGACGAUGAGCAUCGACGUUUCAUGCUCAUACAAGACCAGCCGUCCCGGGUCUUGUCUCCCGUCACGAUCCUCAACAAAGGCAGUUCUGACCCGUUCGAAGCGUGUGCCAUCCCCAUCACGGUGGAAGAAAACAACAUCCUGACCUUCUACCGGGAUAUUCUUCUCCCGGCAGCGUGGCGACUCGACGCCAAGUCCAAACAGAAUCUCGCGAGCUCCCGGGCCAAAGCGGACUGGGAAGUCAAUACGGCAGGGUUACGGGACGAGGGCACGGCGCUGGCCUUCAUCGGCAGCAACGCUUCACUGGUCGCAAUCUGUGCAGGGACUGACACGCGUCGGGGCCGAGCACUGCAACGAAAAUCCCUGGUCUGUCGUGUCAGAAGCACUGCUGCGUUGCGGCAGAAACUGGCCAGCCGUACCAAAGUCGAUCCGUGGAUCUGGUGGCACAUUUUCAUGAUCUGGGCCGCCGAGAUUGCGGCGGAAAAUGCGAUAGCAGCACGGAUGCAUGGGCAAAUGCUAAGCAAGCUGGUUGAUGAGCACUUUGAGCAAGGGGGCGGUCUUUUCGACAAGAUCGAGGAGAUUGGGCUGACCAUGAUCGAGCUCUUAUUUUUCUUCCUCUAUGCAGACAUGAACAUGGCCUCCCAGCUCUUGACCCGGCCUGCUUUUGACGUCUACGAAUGGCUGCCCAAAGUCUUUGAUCCCUUCCUUCGAGCCAUCGAGCCCAUCCUGGCCCCGGCACCGUUGGAUUUCUGCCACCUGGAUCCGACCAUCGACUCGGAAGAGAUGGCGACUUGCGUCAAGUCAUGUCGCGACAUUUUUGCUCGGUGGCGCCGACGGUGGUCCGACGGACUUCCGGCCAAAUCGGCCAUGAUGCACCUGGGCUGGGGCCAGUAUAGAUGGUGCAUGGCUCUCGGGACACUGGUGAAUCGCUAUUGCACCUUCAAGGAAGUCUCGGAGACCGCUUCCGGGCCCGAACUCGACUACGCCUACGCGCAGCAAUACAUGUCCAUCAGCGCCGUCAAGUGGUCCCGAGCUCUCACCUUUCAGAACCACGUCUGCGGCAAGAACAUCUGGGCGGGGAACGUGUUGGAAACCCUGCGACCUCUGCUUGACAAGAGCGAGCGGCCCAGAGGCAGUCCUGCGUGGGAGAAAUGGAAGAAUGCGAGGCUGUGGGCGUUCUACGUCGGUGCCAUCUAUGAAGGCCGCCAGCAGCAGCCCGGGUUGAGCACCGAGUUGUUUGACGGCUGGUUCCACGAACAGUUUGCCCGCCAAGCUCACGACAUGGGCCUUUUCACGUGGGAAGAUGCUGUGCCCAUCCUGAGCGGGUUCCUCUUCGACUCCUCAACCUCUCAGACACAGGGGUCUUGGUUCCAGGAGACCAUGAGGUUGAAAGUGGCGUCCAUGGCAGGGACUCCGGUGCCAGACAAAUAUGUAGAACGCUGA